AUGGAGGCCGGGGAGGCCAUUUUCCGAACUCGGGGUGGUGGAAGUAUUUUGGAGGAAUCUUGGGAUAGGAACGGAAGGUGGGAGAGGCUUGACGAUUGGUGGUUUUUGUUUUGGCUUGUUGAUGGGCACCGGAGGUGGCUUAAAGACUCGGUGGCUUUGGCUUUGGUUUGUAGAUUGGAACGGGAGGAGGCUUUAAAGUGGUGGUUUUACCUUUGGUCGAUUGGAAUGGGAGGGGUUGAAAACUUGUGGUUUUGGCUUUGGCUUGUAGAUUGGAACAGGAGCGGGCAUGAAAACCGUCGACUUUGGCUUUGGCUUGUAGAUUUGAACAGGUGGUGGAAGUGGCUUCUUGUAGAAUGGAACUGGUCGGGGUGGAGGGAAAACCUUCGAAGGGAGGGGAGGAAAGACCUUAGGCGGGAACGGUAUGGAUGGUGA